AUGCUUUUAUGUGUUAGUGUCCUGGGAGGAAUUAGUGCAAAUAAAAAUUACACAGAUGUUGCAGAACUCUAUUCAGUUAAAAGUAACAGCAGUCGGUCUCAAAAUGGAAUUAAAACUGUAAACUCUACAAUAACAGCUAUUGAGGUAAACAGUACGAAACAAGAAGUUGUGUCGACAUCCACUGAAGGUUCUUUUUCAUAUCCAGACACUAUUUGCGGAUUGUGCAAUUGCGUUAAGUUUACAAUUGACUGCACUGAGAGAGAUAUUCGACGGCCCUUUGAUCUGUCGGAUUGGAAAGGUCUCAAAAUAUCGAAACCAAUAGAUGUAGACUUGAGUAGGAACCCACUAAUAGCAGUAUCAGAAAUAUCGGAGCUCCCAAUAAGGAAAUUGAACUUCUCUCAGUGUCACAUAGAAGUGAUAGACGAUGUUUGUUUCGUUCAUCUCAAAGAUUUGUCCUCUUUAGACUUUAGUUACAAUAGGCUCUCCACGUUUUCCUUAAGCCGAAAGGUUUUUGCGGGUGUUAUGGUGCCUCAACAAAGACCUCAGCAGUUCCUUAAGAUGCGUUAUUUAAGUCUGGCGUACAACAGCAUCCACUCUCUGCCUCAGGAUCUGUUCGCCUUUAUGACAGCGCUAACGCAUUUAGACCUUAGUGGGAACCCGCUGACCAUCAUCGACCAAGUCACUAUGGGUGCCAUUUCCGAUUUAAUAUAUUUGAAGGAGCUGAAACUAAGCAACUGUGACCUGGAAGCCAUACCUGAGGGCAUGUUUAGAAGACUGCCUAGGCUGGAAAGACUGGAUGUUAGUGGAAAUCGGUUCACAACAGUGCCAGCUGUUUUAAAAGAGGCGGUGAAUCUGAUGUACUUAAACUUCGACAACAAUCUUCUAGAAUUUCUGGACAAAACUACACCAAUCUCCAGUUUGAAAAAGUUGGUCGAACUGCAUUUAUGCUAUAAUCCCGAAUUGAAAUCGAUCGAAUCCGGUGCUCUCGGGGGUUUAGAGGACCUUUCCGUCCUCCACAUAAGCAAUAAUUUGAAGCUGAGCAAAAUCGACGCGUCAUUCCUCGUGUGGGAAGAUGAGCUUAUCAAUAAGCGGUGGCCUUUAGUGAAAGAGCUUUAUAUACAUAGCAACAACAUAACGGAGAUCAGCUCGAAAAUUCUAGAAGGAUGGGACCAUGUAACAAGGGUGGACUUUAGUAACAACCCUUACAUUUGCGACUGCAAUAACCAGUGGAUGGUGGACUUCCUUACGCCGCUGGUCAUUAGCCUAGCAGGAAAGCGGAAAGCUAGCAAAAUGGUCUGUCGAAAGCCGCUGUCUUUAAUCGGAACGACUUUCGUCGAGUUGUAUAAAGACAAGACGACGCUAGAGUGCGAAUACGCCGCUGGCCUGUUUAAUGCGGCCGGACCGAAUUUGUACUUGCUGUUCGGCAUCGUAAUAGGCAUCUUCGCAACUUUCCCGCUGGUACUAAUUGUGGUUUUGCUGUGGCGUAGGGGCUAUUUUGCAAAGUAUCGUAAACACGUCGAUGACACAAAAUGGGACGAAGAUGAAGAAACCGAUAACUUU